AUGUAUCAACGUUGCCAGCCCUGCAGUCAACGAAUGUUCGAGACUGGUGUCCAGUAUAGAUUACAGACUUACUGGAACUACACGUCACUGGAAGCCUGCAGUCUAUGGCAGUCGAUCGCAGCUGUGGCCACGCAAAGCACGGAAAUGCAAAAUGCAGAGCGCAAAGCGGGCGUCCGAGUGGUUGACCAAGGACACCACCCAUCGUCGUGUGCGCGGAGAAAAACCGACCAGGAUCUCCUCCGAUGGCCGUUACGGCGAUGCAAGUGGCGUGGUGGUCCUCGUGGUCAGCGGCAGCCAGUCACGCUGGAUCCACCUCAACCUCCGUGUGUGACAGAUGCAGCCUGUCGGAUCCUUGAUGACACUCUGCCGUGCUCUCUUGUCGUCACCAGGAUACUUGACCGGUCCGAGCUUGUGGUGUUUCGCUGCACUGCCGUUGCGACUAAGGAGCGGCUGGCGCUGGCUAUUAGGGAGUUACCAUUGGAUCCCGUUCCCAUGAUCGGGAUGCCUCGUAAAGUUAAAGAGUUCACAUCGUGUAGGCUCGGGUUGACUCCAACCUUGGGAGACCAUCAACUCUCUUUGUUUCACCUUUUGGAGAAUGUGACACGUGUGCUACCUUUUCUUGUCCUCUCCCCCGGUUGA